AUGGCGAAACUUAACGAGUAUUGUCAGAGAAACCAUUUGCGAUUGGACUAUAAGGAUCUUGGUUUUGUUGGCCCACCUCAUAAUCCUGUUGGUACAGAUCGUGAUUCCAGUUAUAACCAUGCAGCUGACAAACUUGCUAAUCAGCUUGAUGCCAUACAGCUCAAUGAAGCUCCUCCAUCAUCUCUGGCAAGUCCCAAAAGUCCUGCUGUGAGACCUAAAAAAAGAGAGACGCCACUGGCACCGAACUUUUCAAAGCUGAAUCAAAAGCAAAGCAAGUACACCAUCAAUGAAAAGUUUCUGGAAGAUUUUGAAGAUAUACAGAAAAUUAAAUCUGGUGGAUAUGGAACCGUUUUCAAGGCAAAACAUUUAAUUGAUCGUCAAUUAUUAGCUGUCAAACGAGUCAAGCUUCAUCUAGGAGAAGAAUCAGAAAAGGAAGUACAAGCCUUAGCAAACCUUGAUCAUGAAUAUAUUGUUCGAUAUUAUAAUUGUUGGAUCGGGAAAGAUAAUAUCCUAUCGCCAGAGGAUAGUGAUAGUGAACAGAGGGUGGAAGCCGACUGCCUUUUCAUAGUGAUGGAAUAUUGUGAAGAGGGAACCCUUAAAAAUUGGAUUAGUAAGGAAAAUGCAAAGGAGAGCUAUCGUGAAGAUGUCAAAAUUAAAUUCCAGCAAAUAGUGGAAGGGGUAGCAUAUAUUCAUUCUAAAAACUUAAUUCAUCGAGAUCUCAAGCCAAUAAAUAUAUUAAUGUCUAGAGACAAUAAAAUAAAAAUCGGUGAUUUUGGGCUGGUAACCACAGGUGUAGAUGACCUUUCAUUACAGCGGACAGAAAAGAGAGGAACACCACAAUACAUGGCUCCUGAACAGGAGGGGAACACUUACGGAAAGGAAGUGGAUAUCUUUCCGUUAGGAUUAAUUUUAUUUGAAAUGCUUUACACAUUCCAAACUGAUCAUGAGAAACACAAGAUAUUCAAGAACAUAAAAGAAGGCAAAUUUCCAGAACCAUUUACAAAGGAGUUUCCAAUAGAGGCAUCCCUAAUUAAGAAACUCCUUUCAAAAGAGCCGUCUCAGAGACCAUCGGCAUCUGACAUUUUGCGUUUUUUAAGGAAAAAGCAGUAUAGCCCACACACUUGUUAACUAAUACCUGGCCAAACACAACUGCAGAAUUUUGGUCUAAAGGUUCCUUUUGCUGUUGCUAAUGUUGAAAAUCUCAUCUGAAUCAAAACUGUGGCACAUGGAUCCACCAACUGCUUGGGAAAUUUUAAUCUGGAUUGCCUGUUCCUAUAUGUUCCGCUGUGGCCUUUGAGGGGAGCUGGAGGGUGCUCUUGGGGAGGCAAAAUUUCUCUGAAGCCAGAACUAGACACCUGUGCAUUGUAUGUGUGGUUGUCUGUAAAAAACUCUCCUGCUCUCUCAUGUGAGGCUCAGCUUCAGUAGCUAAAACCCCAUUUUACAAGCUGUGACAGAUAUGGUCAUUCGUGGACUGAGAGAACUUGACCACAAGUGGUUCAGGCAUUGGUGACUUCAAGGUUAGAUUACUGCAGUGCACUCUGGGGGGCUUCCCCUGAACUUGAUUCGCAAUAUGCUGUUAGUGCACAAGAAAAGAUCCUCUGCACAGAACAGCUUUGCUCAAAGAACUGCACUGGCUGUCCAUUUGCUACCAGGCCAGGUUCAAGGUGUUACUCUUAGGGGAAAGAUCGCCUUUCAAGAAUGCUUCGAUCUGCAUUAACCGGCACUGUUACAGGUGCCACAUAAUACUUAUAAGACAUCAAUCUUUACUGCAGCGGCACCUUCACUUUGAAACUCCCUGCCUGUUGACAUCAGGCAGGUGCUUUCAUCACAUUCUUUGGGGCAUCUGCUUAAAACACAUUUGUUUAGGGAGAUACGUAGAAGCCGCAUGUGCUUUCUCUCUUUUUAGGAAUGGGUUAUUUUAAUCAACUUUUCAAUUUUUAAAUACCUGUGCUUUUUAUUGAGAAUUUUAAAGUGUU